AUGAGUGCCCCUGCUUAUAUGAAAAGAGGCAGCGUUCCGUUGCAGGAUCCGGGUGCCGCAAUGGCUAACUCAAACUCGGUGUCAGCGUUUGGGCAGCCGGCGAACCCCUACAUCACUUUCACAGCCGCUUCUCCCAACGCUCACCAGAAUCCCCAGCUGCCCAUGCCGGCCAGGAAAAGAAUCUGGGUCAAACGUCCAGGAGGCAACGCCACGACGCUGUUUGUUGGUCCAGGAGACCUUGUGGACGACGUCAAGUCGCAAAUAAUGCUCAAGUUCCCCACAACACUGGCACAGCAGUUCGACCCGUCAGAGCUCAUCUUGAAACUGGAGAUCCCGUCUGUUCUGUCUCCGUCCGCCACCGCGUUUAAUAAUCCGCCGGGCCACUCGCAGCGAGACUCCGCGUUCCAGAGCUCGCCGCUGACGGCCCAGAACGCCACGUUUGCACCGAAAACUAUCAUGAGCCGCUCCAGCAGCACCAACUUACAGGGCAACAAAAUGUCGAAAAUGAGGCCGCACGCAGCUGCCGGAGAGAACCCGGCGCUCCACGCGCACCCCGUGUCGCCGAUCCCUGUUUCCGCGUCCAAAUCGACGCUGUUGAGCCACAACGAUGUUUCGGCAGCAGAUCGGGUGCCCGAGCCGACUCACAGACCGUCGCCCCUGGGCCAUACCAGAGCUCAUGCCAAGCCGCGAACCACCACCAUAGUGUUGGAACCAGAUGCGUUCAUCUGGAAAAUCAUUGACCAGUACUUCCCGUCCGGAAUGAAGCUCGAGGACUCGUUCAUCAUCGACACGCCGUACCCGGUGGCGGAAAAAAGACCGAGCGCCAAGACUGCGUUCCCGCAGGCGGCCGAAACAAGCUUCUAUAACCAGACCAGCGCAGGCGGCUCGUUCAACUCAGAAGUGAAAGACGCCGCAAAUGCUCCGCCUUUCUAUAGUGGUUCGCUGACAGGCCGGUCGAAUCCGACCAGAACGCCCCAGGACGCCGUCUUUGCAGACAAUUACUCUGGAAAGGUAGCGGUGCUGGGCGAGCAGAGCCUGCCUCCGCCAAGAGAGUUCACGAGGCUCGGACGCAACUCUGUCCAGGACCAGAACCAGUCCUCUUCCACGGUGAUUCUUUUUCCAAAGGGCACAAGAACGGGCAGUAAGUCGCCCUCCUCGCAAUACUCCAAUCACAACUUGACUCCCGGAAGAACGCCGACAUUCGAGGAGAACCAUACUCCAGACGAGACCAACAAGGCCUCUGAGACUCCCGAAAGCGCGUCGUCGUCUUCGAAACACCCAAUACUGCUGAAACAUGGGCCAAAAAAGGAAGAAGUCGCCUCUGCGUUGCGCUUGAAACAGCAGCCAAAGCCCGGAAUUAAUAAGAUCCUGAACAACAUCAAUGUGCUGGUUGUGGAGGAUAAUUUGGUGAAUCAGAAAAUCCUGGCCAGACACCUGAAAUCCUGCAACGUGCAGUUCAAAAUUGCUAGCAACGGAGAGGAGGGCCUGCAGCUUUGGAAGGAAGGCGGCUUCCAUCUCUGUUUCAUGGAUAUCCAGCUGCCUGUGAUAUCUGGAAUUCAGGUGACUGAAGAAAUCAGACGACUCGAACGUCUCAACAGGAUUGGAAAUUUUGCCAACUUAUCUCUUCCAACCGAGCAGGAAGAACUGAAGCCGGCCGAUCAGCUGGACCACGAGCUGUUCCGUUCGCCGAUAAUCAUCGUGGCGUUGACCGCGUCGACCUCUGCGGCCGACAAGCAACAGGCUCUGGCAGCUGGCUGCAACGAUUACUUGACAAAGCCUGUGCAGCUGAAGUGGCUCCGGAACAAGCUGACGGAAUGGGGAUGCAUGCAGGCUCUGAUCAACUACGACCAUUUCAGAAACGGCAAGGAUUAA